GAGCCUGGGGCGUUCCCCGCGAGGUUUUGAGAGAGUGAGGUGGCGGGAGCGGCGGCUAUGGCGGCGCCGGAGGAGAAAGCAUCACAGGUCGCUGAGUGGUUGAAAAAGAUAUUUGGAGACCAUCCCAUUCCACAAUAUGAGAUGAACGCACGGACGACAGAAAUUUUAUAUCACCUUUCAGAACGCAACAGAGUCCGGGACAGGGACGUCAACCUGGUAAUAGAGGAUUUAAGGCAGAAAGCGAGUGAAUAUGAGUCGGAAGCCAAACGUCUUGAAGACUUUCUCGUGGAGAGUGUGAAUUUUUCCCCUGCCAAUCUGUCAAACACUGGUUCCCGGUUUCUGAAUGCAUUGGUGGACAGUGCAAUUGCCCUGGAAAUAAAAGAUACGUCACUAGCAAGUUUUAUCCCCGCAGUGAACGAUUUGACUUCUGACCUUUUUCGUACCAAAUCCAAAAGUGAAGAAAUCAAGCUUGAACUGGGGAAACUUGAAAAGAAUCUGACGGCAACGUUGGUGUUAGAAAAAUGUCUCCGAGAAGACCUCAAGAAAGCAGAUGUGCACCUGUCUGCAGAAAGGGCCAAAGCCGAGGGCCGCCUCCAGAACAUGGACUUCCUGAAAGCCAAGGCGGCGGAGUUCCGGUUUGGGAUCCGAGCUGCAGAGGAGCAACUUUCAUCCAGAGGCAUGGACGCGUCCCUGUCUCAUCGGUCACUAGUGGCACUUGCAGACAAACUUUCGGAAUUAAAACAGCAGACUAUCCCUCUGAAGAAGAAAUUGGAGUCCUAUUUAGAUCUAAUGCCGAAUCCAUCUCUUGCUCAAGUGAAAAUUGAAGAGGCAAAGAGAGAACUAGAUGCCAUCGAGGCUGAACUCACAAAGAAAGUAGAUAUGAUGGAGCUGUGAGCCAAGUAGACGCCUCUCCUGAGGAGAUGACAGUUCUUAGAGACGAUAAUGUCUUUGUUGGUAAAAUAACAGGGCUUGGUUCUGCAUUUACAUUUUGUGGCCUGAAUACAGUUUUCCUAUGAAAAGGCACUUUCUUUCUGUUACCUGCUACUUCCUGCACACCUCGCAGUUAAGAAUCUUCCCGAAAGCGGGUAGGGGCUGGGGCAACGGCUCUGCAUUUUAGAACACUUUUUGCUCUUGCUGAAGACCUGGGUUCUAUUCUCAGCGCCCAUAUGGCGAGGCUUGAAAACACCCAUGACUAGUGACACACACACACACACCCUCCUCUAGCAUCUGCAAGCGCCAGGCACACAUGUGGUACACAGACAUAUGUACAGGCAGAAUACUCACAUGCAUAAACACUUUUUAAUUGAGAAAAAGGAAUCCUUCAGCAGCUCCGUAAGGUGGCCGUCAUGACAGUACUGCAGACGCACGACCUAGGCCAGUGGACAGUUUGUGUGGCUCCAGUCUCUCUACCUCCUCCUUCUCUCGGGCUCACGGGCCUGUCUCCCAACGUUAAUACGUUAUCUCGUGAAAAAAGCAGCCUUUAAGCCAGUGGCAGAAAGAAAUAGUAAAGCAAGCAUAUGGUGCUAAAUUUAUAUUUCAUGCCUUCUAUUAGGAUAACCCAAAGAAAUCAAAGAAGACCAAUAUAAAAAAUUUAAAUAAAGAUACUGAACUGGGAGUCUAACAGUUGAUCGAAGCGCCGUGUUCCAUCUCCAGCCCAGCGUGGUACACACGUCUGUGUUGGGUUUUGUCAACUUCACACAAGCUGGAGUCUCCUUUAUCGCUUCGCUCUGAAGGCAGUUCUGUAGGGCAUUUUCAGAAUUCAUGGUGAUGUGAGAGGGCCCUUGCCACUGUGGGUCGUGCCACCCCUGGCCACGCGGUGCUAGGUUGUAUGAGAAUGCAAGGUGAGCCAGCGGUAAGCAGCCUUUCUCCAUGCUCCGCAUCAGCCUCCGCCUACAACUUCCUCCUCAGUCCUGCCCUGACGUCCCUCAGCGAUGGACUGCAAGCUUCAGUGGACGCAUGAGCUAGGCCUCUCAGAGUGUCAGCACCAGUUGAGCCAUGGGCAGACUGCAAGGUUCAGCCGAAUCGGCCCAAGCCGGAGCGUACCUGCUUUGGGAUGGUAAGCGCAUUUGUAGCGCCCACCUGAGAGGGUGCCUGAGGAGUGCUCGGCUGAGUUACCUCGGAGAAGACUGUCGAGCUCCUGCCUGCUGUCCGCUCUUAACGAGUGCAGAAUCGCUCUACUCCACCUGUAAACGGAAAGGACAUCCAGACUGUAGUUUACUCUCCCCAGUGAGACCACAACGCCAUCCCAAAUCUGGUCCCAAAAUUCCAAGCAUGAUAAGUACAGAGAAAUGACACAUAAAAAGAAAAGGCCACUGGGACCAUCCAGAGUAUAUAGUUUAUCUGAUAGUUGAUUUUCAAAGGUUAUAGUGGGGACAAAAGUCGGGAUCAAUGAUCCCUGUAUGCCAACUGAAAGGCUGGGUGGAGAGGCACAUGUCUGUAGUCAGUGCCACACAAGGAGAAGGAUAGAGUUGAAGACCAACCCAGGCUGUGUCCUAAAACCCUAUCUCAAACAAAAGGAAAUGCUUCACCCCAAAUUACACCAAUGGAGAAUAUUAGAAAUUCUAGUAAGGGGAGGUGGGCAACAGUGAUCGAGCAUGGCCUUUGUCUACGUAGGAUGCUGCCUUGGCAUCUGCCUCCACACUUUAUCUUCCCUUCCUAGGACUCCAGUGCCAAGAGAGUUCUAGGAAAUGCGGAGGGUUAGCCGUACUAAUACUAAAUGAGGUAACUCAGGCCCAGACGGACGAUGCCUCACUCUCUCACAUAUCUUUGCAUUUUUAGAUCUGUGUGGCCAAGUGUCUGUAGAGGUAAAGAAUCUAAAAAGGGCCCAGGAGAGGAAGAAGGGAAGAGGUCUUUAGAGAGGGAAGGCUACUAGGAUACACAUGAAAAUAGAGGGGCAUAGGCUUAGAGCUUUUUUUUUUUUAAACCUAUUUUAUUUAUCUUAAUCCCUAACCCACUGACCAGAGGUAAGGAGAGAAAAAGGUUAACAGGAAAAGGGGACUGAGGACCUGUUCAGAAGGAGUUCCCUGGCAAUUCCACUCUCAGUCGUCAGGAUACCAGCAGCCCAGUUCAAUAGCAAACACCAAACAUGAACCAGCAGUGGCUGCUCGAUCCAGCAGAAACAGCAAGGCUCAGUGGAAUCCGCCAGAAUCAUCUGGAAUACCACAAGAAGUUCUUUGGUGCAUUUCUCUCUACAAAGUGAAGACCAGCGAAGAAGUGAAGCAGUGAAGGGUUACGUGGCAUAGCCAUGCAAGAGCGACCUCCCACUGUCUGUGGGGCAGUUAACUGAAUUGUUAAACCAGAAAUUUCCAUGUUAGAGGGGAUUACUGGGGAUUACAGUUUGAGUUGGGGUGGAUGGUACUCUAAUCAAAAACUAAGGAUGUAUGAAGAAGCAUUAUGGAGAUAAAUACUCUUGUAACCUAAUUGAAAGUACAUGCUUUUAUUUAUAAUAAUAAUGAUAAUGAUGAUGAUAAUAAUAAUAAUAAAUUUUGAGACAUAGCCUGGCA